CGCCCGCCUGUCACUGGGAGACAGUCCACUUAAAUGCAGCUCCAGGGUUGCGAGACACCCACCAGCAUCACUCCCCGUGUGAGGUGGCAAAUGCAACAUGCUGUCCAGCUUGGGGUGUCUCCUCCUCUGUGGAAGUUUUGCACUAGCCCUGGGAAAUGCACAGAAAUUGCCAAAAGGUAAAAGGCCGAGCCUGAAAGUCCACAUCAACACCACAAGUGACUCUAUCUUCUUGAAGUUCCUGCGUCCAAACCCUAAUGUAAAACUGGAAGGUUUUCUUCUGGGAUAUGGCAGCAAUUUAUCACCAAAUCAGUACUUCCCUCUUCCGGCGGAAGGGAAAUACACCGAGGCGGUAGUCGAUGCAGAGCCUAAAUAUCUGAUUGUCGUGCGACCUGCUCCUCCACCAAGUCAAAAGAAGUCAUGCUCAGGCAAAACACGCUCUCGCAAGCCUCUCCAGCUGGUGGUUGGCACUCUGACACCAAGCUCCGUCUUCCUGUCCUGGGGUUUCCUCAUUAAUCCACACCAUGACUGGACACUGCCGAGUCACUGUCCCAAUGACAGAUUUUAUACAAUUCGCUAUAGAGAAAAGGAUAAGGAAAAGAAAUGGAUUUUUCAACUCUGUCCAGCCACUGAAACAAUUGUAGAAAAUCUAAAGCCCAACACAGUUUAUGAAUUCGGAGUGAAAGACAAUGUAGAAGGUGGAAUAUGGAGUAAGAUUUUCAAUCACAAGACUAUUAUUGGAAGUAUAAACAAAGUAAAUGGGAAAAUUCAAAGUACCUAUGACCAAGCAAACACAGUGCCAGCAUAUGUCCCAAGGAAGCUGAUCCCAAUAACAAUCAUCAAGCAAGUGAUUCAGAAUGUUACUCACAGAGCUUCAACUAAAUCCCCAGAUAGGACUCCCAUUGGAGGAACAAUACUGGUCCACCUUGUUAUUCCUGGUCUUAAUGAAACCACCGUGAAACUUCCUACAUCCAUAAUGUUUGAGAUUUCAGAUGCAAUCAAGACACAAUUAGCUAAGAAUGAAACCUUGGCAUUACCAGCUGAAUCUAAAACACCAAAGGUAGAAAAAAUCCCAGCACAGCCCAUAACAGUUCUCAGCGAAAAGACCCCGGAAAGAUCGCAAACUAUUCUAAUACCUAGGUUUGAGUUACCACUGAGCACUCUAGCUCCGAAAAGACUUCCAGAAUUUCCUCAGGCAAAAACACCCUUCCCUUUUGAGAAACCUGGGGGCGCCUUGGCUUCGAGUGAAAAGCCAUGGAUUGCACCUAUAACUAAAACAUCUGAAGAUUCCAAAGUUUUACCACCUCAAACUGCAGCUUAUGACGUUUUCUCAAGCCCUACAACGUCAGAUGAGCCUGAAAUAUCAGAGCCCCACACAGCAACAACGGAUCCAUUUCUGGAUUCUGUCCCACCUAAAACUUCUAGAACUCUUGAACAGCCAAGGGCAACACUGGCUCCAAGUGAAACGCCAUUUAUUCCUCAAAAACUGGAAAUCAUUACCAGUCCUGAAAUGCAGCCCACAACACCUGCUCCCCUGCAAACUACACCUAAACGACGCCUCAGGCCCAAACCACCAAGAACCAAGCCUGAAAGAACCAAAAGUCCUGGAACAACUGCUUCUAAACUUUCUAUGAGCCCUGAACCUACAUGGACCACACUGGCUCCCAGUAAAACACAAUUUAUUUCUUUGAAACCUAAAAUCCCUCUGAGCCCAGAAGUGACACACGUCAAACCUGCCCCAGAACCUCUGACUCCAACACCAUCACAGUCAACAAUAGCCUUAGAACCUGGAACACUGGAAACCAAACCUUCAACAACAACAUUAGCUCCACCAAAGACCAAACGACCAGGUCGUCGCCCCCGCCCUAAAACCACACGUAGUCCAGAUGUGCCCAAGUCCAAACCUGCUCUGCAACCUGCUACGGUACAACCGGAGCUCUGGGUGCCCACAGUCGAUUCAAAACCACCAAAGCAAUUACUUCCUAAACCCCAAACCACAGCAAAACCAGAUAUGCCAUCAACUAAAUCCGGCUUUGAGCCUGUUACAUUGGAGGCUGGAGCUCCUUCCAUAACCAUAGUUCCUGCCACAGACAUUGAACCUGAAAGUCUGAGAACUGAGGCUCCCUGGACAACAUUAGCUCCAAAAACAUCAAAACGACCAAGAAUACGUCCUCCACGUCCCAAACCUUCAAAACGUCCCAAACCUUCGAAACCUCCCAAACAUCCCAAACAUGAAACCACGCCGAGCCCAGAGGCACCUGCGACCGCACUAGACAUUGAACCAGUCACUCCUGGGACAUCUUUAGCUCCAACAACAACAAAGAGACCCCGUCGUCCACGUCCCAAAUCUAAAAAAACCACACCCCAGCCGGAAGUACCUCAGAUUCCACUGGUUCCUGCCACAAUCUUUGAACCAGUCAUUCCUAGAACCGAAGCUCCUGGAACAACACUAGCUCCCAAAGUGCCUGAACAAACUCACCAUCCACGUCCCAAACCUAAAACCACACCAAGUCCGGAAGCUCCUCAGACCGAACUAGUUCCAACAGCAACAAAGAGACCCCGUCGUCCACGUCCUAAACCUAAAAAACCCACACCCCAGCCAGAAGUACCUCAGAUUCCACUGGUUCCUGCCACAAUCUUUGAACCAGUCGUUCCUAGAACCGAGGCUCCUGGAACAACACUAGCUCCCAAAGUGCCUGAACAAACUCACCAUCCACAUCCCAAACCUAAAACCACACCAAGUCUGGAAGCUCCUCAGACCGAACUAAUUCCUAUUACAGACCUCGGACCCGUUACUUUUACAACUGAGACCUCUGGGACAACAUUAGCUACCAAAGCAUCAAAGAGACCCCAUCGUCCACAUCUCAGACCUAAAACUACACUGAGCCCUCAAGUACCUCAGACCAAACCUGUUCCUGCUACAGUCCUGGAGCCUGUCACUUUUAGACCAGAGGCCACAGGAACAACAUUUGUUUCCAAACCACCACAGCGGAAGGGUCGUCCAUGUCCCAGACCAAAAACCACACCAGGUCCUGAAACACCUGAGUCCAAACCAGUUUCUACUGCAGACUUUGAACCAGUAACAUUCAGCACUGAGGCUUGGGUGACAACACAAGCUCCUAAGCCAUCAAAACGGACCCGUCGUCCACGUCCUAAACCUAAAACCACACCAACUACUGAGGCACCUCAAACCAAAUUGGUUCCUAUUACAGAUCUUGAGCCUGGUACUCCUAGAACUGAAGCUCCAGAAAUCGUAGUUCCCACUACAGGCUUUGAACAUGUUAUUCAUAGUUCUGAGGCUCCAGGAACAUUAGCUCCUACUGAUCUUCAAACUCUUAUUUUGAGACCAGUGACAUCACCAAGUCUAGAAAUGACACAAAGUCAACCUGUUUCUGAAGGCCUGGAAUAUGUUACAUUUAGCACUGAGUCAUCAGAGGGAGCUAGAGCAUCAGCCGAGACAGAUUAUGUAGAUCCCACUUCCAAAGCACCACUCAGGCCAGAGGAGCCAAAGACUGAAGUUGUGGAAUCUAUUACAAAUGUGUCUGAACCACCCGAGACCGCGUUAGAAGCAUCAACUCCGCCUUCCCAAACUGUAAUUCUACUCAGCCCAAAUGAGCCUCAGACUGGACCGGCUCCCAAGCAGACAGCGCGCACUCCUCCCAAAGCAAAAACAUCUCCACGUCCAAGAGUCCCUCAGACACAGCCAGCUCCUAAGGCGUUCCAGCGUGUUACUUCAAAACCAAAAAUGUCACCAAGGCCAGAAGUGUCAUAUACUCCACCUGUUCCAGGAGAUGUGCUCCGUCCCCAGAAACCAGACCACGAAGCCUCUCAGAGAGAACCUGUUCUGCAGCCCGUUACCUUUAGAAUUGAUCCGCCAGAGACAACAAUAGCUCCUUUAGAGACCCGAAGCAGCCCUUUCAUCCCUAUGAUUUCACCAAGUUCUAGUCAAGAGGAUCUACAAACCACUCUGGCAGAAACAGACCAGUCCACCCAGGAGCUCUUCACAACUAAGGUUCCACGAACAACUGAAUCGGCAAAGACAACUCGGGCACCACAUAGAUUGUACACUACUCCUGGGAGGCCCAAAAUACCAGAAAAACCACCCCUCAGACCUGUUCUGAAUAAGACAACUACAAGACCUACUAGACCCAAAUCCAAUGGGAUGCCCAAAGGAAAUGAGAUAGGAACAGGGGUCAAGCAACCACCAAAGCCAUCGGGUGCUGGUAGAAAUGCGUCCAUGGACUCUACCCACUUCACACAAAAACCAGCCAUAAUUCCAGGCACUCGCCGCCCACCCUUGCCACCUAGACCUACGCCCCCUCGAAGAAAACCAUUGCCACCAAAUAAUGUCACUGGAAAGCCAGGAAGUGCAGGGAUCAUUUCAUCAGGCCUAGGAACUUCCCCACCACUGAGGGCAACACUUAGGCCUACUGGACCCACCUCAGAGAGAACAGAGAGAGACAAAAAGGAACCGACAGCUCCCGCCUCAGGAGAAGAUCUUGGUGAUAUAACUGACUUUAGCUCAAGUCCAACAAGAGAAACUGAUCCUCUUGGGAAGCCCAGAUUCAAAGGGCCUCAUGUGCGAUAUAUUCAGAAGCCUGACAACAGGCCCUGCUCCAUCACCGACUCCAUCAAACGGUUUCCCAAAGAGGAGCCCCCAGAGGGGAACGCCACCAGCCCGCCGCAGAACCCACCCUCCAACCUCACUGUGGUCACCGUGGAAGGAUGCCCCUCAUUUGUCAUCUUGGACUGGGAAAAGCCACCCAAUGACACUGUCACUGAAUAUGAAGUUAUAUCCAGAGAAAAUGGGUCAUUCAGUGGGAAGAACAAGUCCAUUCAAAUUACAAAUCAAACCUUCUCCACAGUAGAAAAUCUAAAGCCAAACACAAGCUAUGAAUUCCAGGUGAAACCAAAAAACCCACUUGGAGAAGGCCCACCCAGCACCACAGUGGCAUUCAGUACUGAAUCAGCGGAUCCGAGAGUGAGCGAGCCAGUUUCUGGAGGAAGAGAUGCCAUCUGGACAGAAAGACCCUUUGAUUCAGACUCUUACUCAGAAUGUAAAGGCAAACAGUAUGUCAAAAGGACUUGGUAUAAAAAGUUUGUAGGGGUGCAGCUAUGCAACUCCCUUAGAUACAAGAUUUAUCUGAGCGACUCCCUCACAGGAAAAUUUUAUAACAUAGGCGAUCAGAGAGGCCAUGGAGAAGAUCACUGCCAAUUUGUGGACUCGUUUUUAGAUGGACGCACAGGACAGCAACUGACUUCUGAGCAGUUACCCACAAAAGAAGGCUAUUUCAGAGCAGUUCGCCAGGAACCUGUCCAAUUUGGAGAAAUUGGUGGUCACACCCAAAUCAACUACGUUCAGUGGUAUGAAUGUGGGACCACAAUUCCUGGAAAAUGGUAGACGCUGCAAUCGUGUUCACAAGUGCCUUGUUUCAUCGUGGCAAAAAAUAAUUGCAAACACUAUGGUAUUUGUUAUUCAUUUAAAGCUGUUCUGUUUACUAUGUAUAAAAGUUUAAAAUCUAAUUGAUAGCAGUAUUAGAUGUUUUUAUUAGAAAAAUUGCUGAGAAUAUUUAUCAGGUUUUAAAAAGUCAUUUUAAUAAAGCAAGAUAUUAACAGAGUAACAUUUUUCUGGGGAAGCUGGCUCCCUAUUCAUGGUAUUUUAAGAGAUUUUUUGUAUAUUAUUUAUCACAAUGUUGUAAUGUUUUGAGAUACUUUUAUAACAAAAUUAACAUCAAAAACUAAUAUACUUUUUAAAAAAUGUUUACUUUUAUUAAUGUGUAUCCUUCCUACUGGUGAGUUAAUUCCAUAAAUCUCUCUUUGGUUUAACUUAUUAGAUCAGAUUAACUUCAGCAUAUAUAUCUGGGGUUAAAAUUCACAUGUUUAUUUAAACUUCAGUUUUUUAGUAAUAGUUGAAUAUCUUUUCUGAAUGUUUAAAUAAACAUUCAUGUGAAUAUACAUUGCCUCAAAUAUUUUUAAAUUAUUAAAAAGGUUUAGUUUCAAUAAGUAAAUUUCAUUUCAGCUAAAAAUAGAAUUGAGAAUGACAUACUGUUUCAAAAAUAUACAUUUUUUCUUACUAUACUCAAUUAUAUAUUACAAUAUCUGAAUAUACUUUGUCAAACUAUUCCUUCAAGCAACUGUCUUUGUACUGUUUUUAAUAUAAUUCUAAACAAGUUGUAUGAAGAAACUGAAUGUGAAGUCUGAGCUCAAAAAGAUAACAUAUGAUGAGAUCGCUACCAUUUUACAGGAUAUUUACUACGUUUUUACACAUAAGACUUCUAGGAAUGAAUGUAUCAGAAGAUGUUUUCAGUCUAACUUAACCUGUACUGACUCAGACUCAUUUUUAUUUAAAAAGGUAUUUUCCUCAUUUGGAGAGGGAGGUGGGAAUGCUGCAUUGUUUCCCUCAUUCUGAGAGGAUCCUUUCAACAUGCUUCAAUUUUAUCAAUGCUACAUUCUGUACUUUUCAAACAGGUAGAAACUGCAAUAAAGAAAUGUAGUGUUUUUUUAA